UUCCUCCUCUCCCUUCCUCCUGUGAGAUGAGGCGAAGUUGAACAUUUUCCUGUCAUUGAUUCACAUCAGGAGGACAUACUGAGGACUAUCUCAAAUACUUCACUUUUUUUUUUUUACAUGUUUUUAGUUAAAACAAGAAGAAGGAAAUAUUCCACAUCGAUGCAAACUAAUUAAGUGGGAGGUUCUGGUCGGACAGCUGACGCACGCGCACGGACUGACUUGUCUGUUUAAUUAACGGCACUUUUUGUGCACAUCCAUAUUUUUGUACAUUUGUGUUUAUUUAACGAGGACAUUGUUGUGUCAAAGUGUGACUCAGGAUGAACAACAACAAAAUCGAGAAGGAGAACGAGCAGACUGAAUUCCAAGAAGAAGAGGUCCGAACACUCUUUGUGAGCGGGCUACCACUGGAUAUUAAACCACGAGAGCUCUACCUCCUCUUCAGACCAUUUAAGGGCUAUGAAGGUUCCUUGAUAAAGUUUACUUCAAAACAGCCGGUGGGGUUUGUCAGCUUUGACAGUCGAUCAGAGGCAGAGGCUGCUAAGAAUGCCUUGAACGGGGUCCGGUUUGAUCCAGAGAUCCCGCAGACCCUCCGGCUGGAGUUUGCCAAGGCCAACACCAAGAUGGCCAAGAACAAGCUGGUGGGCACCCCCAAUCCCCUUCCCUCCCAGCAGAGCCCCGGACCACAGUUCAUUAGCAGAGACCCUUAUGAGCUCACAGUGCCCGCUCUCUAUCCCAGCAGCCCAGACGUGUGGGCAUCAUACCCGCUGUACCCGGCGGAGCUGUCGCCAGCCCUGCCACCCGCUUUCACCUACCCCUCCUCGCUCCACGCUCAGAUCCGUUGGCUCCCACCUGCAGAUGGAACUCCUCAGGGAUGGAAGUCAAGGCAGUUCUGCUGAAGUAUGUGUUCCUGAUGUGUGAUGGUGGCCUCGGCCGGCUGUGACGGGCGUUGCCGACUGGACCUCUCUGGUCCGCUUAGAAGCUAGGAGGACUGACGCUGGGCUUCACGAGCAGCCAACCGUCGGCAGCCUCUGAGGACAUAGCAGACCCCCGCCUCCAUCACACAUCGAGAACCCACCACCUCCUAACUCUUUUCUUUUUUUUUAAGAUACACCUCCCUUUGUGAAAGGUUUAUGCAUUGGAAGUGUGAAUAAAGCGCCUCCUGGUGGCUAUUAUUAUUAUUAUUACUACUACUACUAUAAUAUACUUAUUCAUGUUAGUACAUGUUGGAGCAUGACUUUGCAAAAAAAAAAAAAGCCAACGUUGUACAUUUGGAGAUAUUUUCCAGAAAGGUAUUUUUGUAAUCUAAGCGUUGGGCUGGAGUGUGCAUUUAAAGCUCAGCAUUGUUUGGCUAAAUACAUUAAAAUACGUCUUUUUCUUUGCCCAUGAGAGUGCAAUACCAAAGCCGUCCUCUUGGUGUGCUGUUUUCUCGUCAUAGUUACAUUAAAGCCCCCACCCUCUAUUGAGACUGCAUGCUAUAAUUAGCAAACAGCAACACACCAAAAGCAUUUUAUUUGUGAUGAUUCGAUCUCUUGACGCCUUUUUUUUUUUUUACUGUCACUCCGACUCUUUUGUCUAUCUCUAGGCAGCCAAAAGAUUUUUUUUUACUAUUAAAAUGUACAUAAUAAUCAAUGGAAGAUGAAAAGAGAACUUUUUAUUUGUUUGCUACGUCUGCUGUAACAAUUAAAAAAUGUUCAGUUCUGAUCGCUAAACAAUCUUCCCAAUUUAUAAUUAGCCCAGUGACUGAUCAUAUCCUCGACGGCCAUGAUGGGAAGCAAAUUAUGGGGAGAAAAUGUUAUUGAGUUACAAAAAAAGUGAUGACAAUCUCAGCUCCUUUUAACGCCAAAAUGUGUAAUGUUGGCCUCCAGUAGCUAAACAAUCGUCCUGAUUUAUUUAUAGGCCGGUCGCUACGUGUUAAGGUCACGAUGAAAAGCAAAUUACGAGAAAAAAAGUCACAAUGGUACAAGAUUAAACUUGUAAGGAGAAUCAAGUUGUAAGAUUACUGCAAAAAAGUCAUACAUGACAAGAACAUGACAAUAAAGUUGAAUGUUAUGAAAAAGGUUUGUUUCCAGAAAAAAAAAGGUGAAAUGCUACCAGAAAAAAAGUCUAAACAGUACAAGGAGAAAUAUUAUGAAAAAAUACUGUCAUUUAACAGUUUUUUUUCUCGCAGUAUGACAACUUUAAUCCUGUAAAAUGUUGACUCAUUCUAUUAUUCUCUGCCUUUUCUCUGCAACCUUAAUCUCUUUCAGACUAGUCUGUAAUGAAUAUGGACAAUAUGCACAUUAUUUUUGAUUUCAUUAGAAUUUAUUCUUAUUUUGGGGUUGGGUUGAAGCAUCAACUUUAUUAGAACAAGUAUUUAUAAAGUGUGUGUGUGUGUGUGUGUGUUUUUAUUAUUAUUAAGGGUGUUGUUUUUAAGAAGAUUAAUGAAGAAGCCAAGCAUUCUAUUAUUAUUCUUAUUCAAUGUAUUGUAUUAUUGUAUAUUCAUUUUCUAGCUGUGACUACUGUAUGUAUGAUAUAUAAAUACUGUAUCAUUCACUGUGAAAUACAACGGUCCUUUUUUUUUUCUAUUUUGGCUGCCAUAUGGUACCGCAAAAAAAAAAAACAACAAAAAAUUAUGAUGACUUUUCCUUGUUGCUGUAUUCAAAGUGGGUGCAUUUUAUGGUGCAUGUGCAUGUGUUUGUGUAUGUGCGCGCGUGCGUGCGUGUGUGCGUGUUUGUGUAUGUGUGUGUGUUUUAUUUAGCCGCUGUAAGGAGAUUCAAUGAAGUGUUUUUGUUUUUAAAACCAGAAAAACAUGUUUUUAUGGAAAUGUUAACUGAGACCGUUUGCCAUUAAAGAUCGACAAGAUCCUCA